AUGAUGAGAAACCACACAAUUACAACAUUCAUCCUUUUGGGACUGACCGAUGACCCGCAGUUGAAAGUUCUCAUUUUCAUCUUUCUUUUUAUUACCUACAUGUUGAGUGUAGCUGGAAACCUGGUUAUUAUCUCCCUCACCUUCAUAGAUUGCCAUCUUAGAACAGCCAUGUAUUUCUUCCUCCAAAAUUUCUCCUUCCUAGAAAUUUCAUUCACCACUGCUUGCAUUCCCCGAUUUUUAUACAACAUAUCAACCGGUGACAGACUUAUUACUUAUGAGGCCUGUGCUGUUCAAAUCUUUUUUACUUACCUUUUUGGGAUAACAGAAUUUUUCCUUCUAGCCACUAUGUCUUUUGACCGCUAUGUAGCCAUUUGUAAGCCCUUGCAUUACAUGACCAUUAUGAAUAACAAAGUUUGCAAUAGGCUUAUUAUCAGCUGUUGGCUGACUGGUCUACUUAUCAUAAUACCCCCACUCAGCCUUGGCAUCCAACUGGAAUUCUGUGACUCUAAUGUCAUCGACCAUUUUUUCUGCGAUGCCACUCCUCUACUAAAAAUAUCAUGCUCAGACACCUGGUUCAUAGAGCGAUUGAUUUUAGUGUGUGCUGUCGUGACUUUUGUCAUGACCUUGGUGUGUGUUGUUCUGUCCUACGUUUAUAUCAUCAUUACAAUUCUAAGAUUUCCUUCUGCUCAGCAAAAAAAGAAGGCCUUCUCCACCUGCUCUUCCCACAUGAUUGUGGUUUCCAUCACCUACGGCACCUGCAUCUUCGUCUAUGUCAAACCUACCGUAAAAGAGGAGAUGACUCUAAAUAAAGGUAUUUCCAUACUUGUAUCAUCUGUUUCACCUAUGUUGAACCCAUUUAUUUACACGCUGAGAAACAAGCAAGUGAAGAAAGCCUGGCAUGACACAAUCAAAAGGAUUGCAUUCUUCUCACAAAGGAAAAAGUAG